CAGAAAACCCUUCAGUGGCCUCUCAGGAUUGUUACAAAUGUGCGUUUCUUUUUUAACCAGUUUGUGUAACCUGGCUGGUAACAACCGAGCGGGUGCCUGUCUCUCUCUCCCUCUCGUCCUCUCUCUCUUUCUCCAAGUCUAUAGUGCGUGAGCGCGCGCCGCAAUUCUGAUCGGCGCGCGGAUGAUGAUGAUGAGAGCGUGACCUCACCGCUUUCUGCACAGCUGCUGAAGAGAGGGGGAGACACAGGGAGAGGAAGCGAGAAACAGAAACACGUUGAGGGAGACAGAGAGAGGAGGUACGGUGAACAGUCACAACACAGAGGUAACUGUUCGGCACGCGGGGGACUCUGUCGCGGGGCGUCCGUUGGCUGCUUCCCGCCGGUCCGCCUCCCAGAAUGUUCUGCGCCCCCGGUUCAUUUCUACGGUACACGAACCAGUCGCCGCGGCGUCCCCACGGACACUGAAGCCCAGAUGCUCACCCUCUCCGCCGACAUGGACGAGUCUUCGUCUCUGCUGGAUCUGCUGGAGUGCUCGGUGUGCCUGGAGCGCCUGGACACCACGGCCAAGGUGCUGCCGUGCCAGCACACCUUCUGCCGCCGCUGCCUGGAAAACAUUGUCAGCUCCCGGAACGAGCUCCGCUGCCCGGAGUGCCGCAUCCUGGUGGACUGCGGGGUGGACGACCUGCCGGCUAACAUCCUUCUGGUUCGCCUCCUGGACGGCAUUAAGCAGCGGCCCCAGCGAGGGAGCGGAGGUGGAGGAGGAGGAGGAGGAGGAGGAGCAGGCGGCAGGCAGUCCCUACCCGGGGGCUCGCUGCAGGGGUACGCAGCCGGGAUAUCCGCUUCUCCCCCGGGCAGUGCGAUCAGAGAGCUGCCAGUAGCCAUCAGGAGCUCCCCUGUUAAGAAUAUACCAGCGCUGCCUUGCGGUAAAGCCCUCUACUCCUACGAAGGAAAAGAACCAGGCGAUCUCCAGUUUUCCAAGGGUGACAUCAUCAUCCUGCGACGCAAGGUGGAUGACAACUGGUACCACGGUGAGCUCAAUGGUUGCCAUGGUUUCCUGCCCGCCAGUUACAUCCAGUUGCUACGUCCCCUGAGCCAAACACCACCCCAGGGCAAAGCGCUGUACGACUUUGAGGUCAAAGAUAAAGACCAGGAUAAAGACUGUCUGGCCUUCAGCAAGGAUGAGGUACUGACAGUAAUCAGGCGAGUGGACGAGAACUGGGCAGAGGGCAUGCUGGGAGACAAGAUUGGCAUCUUCCCCAUCCUCUAUGUGGAGUUAAAUGAAACAGCCAAGCAGUUGAUGGAGAUUGACAAGCCCACGCCAACUAACGCUCCAGGUCCGAGCUCUGAGCCAGCCCCACUGGGGCCCUGCUCUCCUGGCCCCUCCCCCAGCGCCUCACCAUCCAAUGGAAAUGGCUCUGGCCAUCGGAGAGGUGAAGGGAAGAAAAACGCCAAGAAGAGGCAUUCGUUUUCAGCGCUGUCUGUCAGUCAGAGGGCCGCCCAGCUCAACAACAGACACAGUAUGGAGAUCUCCCACCCGGUCCUCAUCAGCUCCUCUGACCCCAGAGCUGCUGCACGCAUCCAGGAUGCAUCCCACCCAGGUCCCUCUCCUUCCUCGGCAGGGGUACUGGUGCCCCCAAAAGUGGCAUCCAUAACCUCUGAGCUGCUGGCCCACGCCAAGGUGCAGCUUCCACUCAACAUAUAUCUGGCUUUAUACGCCUACAAACCCCAGAAGGCUGAUGAGCUGGAGCUUAGGAAAGGGGAGAUGUACCGGGUGACGGAGAAGUGUCAAGACGGGUGGUUCAAAGGAACCUCGCUGAGAACUGCUGCCUCCGGUGUCUUCCCGGGAAACUACGUCACCCCCGUGUCCAGGGCUCCAUUUGGAGCUGGUGCUUCUCGAGGCUCGUGUCUGUCCAGUCCAGUCGGUGGAGGAGGAGGAGGAAGUGGGUGUAGUAAAAUCUCCGACCCUUCAUCACCAGGUUCCCCGGGGCCCUCUUCAUCCCGUCCCUCCACCCCACUGGUAAACUCAACCAACUCUGUUAACCCUGCCAGUCCGGCCUCCACUCCGCAAACUGCCGCCGCCCAGCUGAAGAACUGCCUGCGCUCCAGUCAGCACACGGUUAACCAGGCACGCACCUCAAUGCAGCUGGUCCACAGUCCUCCCGCUGGAAGCCCAGAGCGCCCCACGGUGGCUCUCUCCCCCCUGCGUCCUCAGAGUUCCUCCCCUUCACGUUGCACCGGCCAGUCGGGUCGUCCCCUCUCCAUGGUGUCUCCAGGACCCAGCUUAGGACCGUCACCGCUCUCCUCCCCUGCCUCGAGGCCCCUCCUGCCCCUCUCUUCACCUCUGUCCUGCCUCACACCUCCUAACGUGUCAGCGGUACUCCUCAAUGGGGAUCCAGCCAGUCCCCUGCAGCCGCCAUCGCCAGGCCCCUCCCACGCCUCCACCCAGGGCGUCCUCGCACCCAAAGCAGAGAAGAAGGAGAGGAAAGCAGGAGGUUUAUUAAAGCUCUUGUCGGGGGCAGCAGCCAAGAAGAAACCUCGCUCACCUCCCUCCUCCCCGCCCACCCAUGACCCCUCAUUGGCCGGUCAAGGCGCCGUGGCCACCGACCCGGCCCACCAUCCUCACCACCAUCACCACCAUGCCCGCUCAGGUUCCUGUCCCAUGGCGUCACAAGGGCGAGCUGGCUCCUGUCCAAUUGAAAGUGAGAUGGCAGGUGCCAUUGGGCUAGAGCCUCUGCACAGGAAGUCCGGAUCUCUGGAUACCAACUUCCCCUUGUCACCCCCGGCAACACGUGCCAGCAAUGCUUUGAUGGUGCUCCGGCCUGAACCCAAACCCCUGUCCAGAGAGAGGUAUCGUGUGGUGGUGCCCUACCCACCCCAGAGCGAGGCAGAGAUCGAGCUGCGGGAAGGAGACGUGGUGUUUGUCCACAAGAAGAGGGAGGACGGCUGGUACAAAGGCACCCUGCAGAGGACGGGACAGACCGGCCUGUUUCCCAGCAGCUUCGUCGAGAGCUUCUGAGCCAGAGAGAAGUAGGAAAAACAACAAAACACUGUUCCUGUUUCUGAGUCACAAAAAUACACACAAGCUUCACAGCUAUACAUACACGGAUGGACCGACAUUGGUUUCUAAGAACACUUUUGGAUAGAAAAAGCAAAUUAUUAUUCUGGAUUUCAAUGGAAAUGUGUAGUUUUACAUAAUGGUCAAAAUGCAAUUCUUUAACACUGAAAUAAUCACACAAAAAGUUAUUAAAUACUGGCACAAAAAACAUCAUCAUCAUUAAUAGUAACUGUCGUCAGAAACCCAAAUCGGUCCAGCUAAUUCACACACAUACACACACACACACACACACACAGAGACACAUACUGGAAAGCUCGUCCCAGCUUCAACCAGCCACACAGGAAGCAGGGCAGCUUUUCCCGUCACUCUCCCGGGGACAGUGUUGGGUCAGAGGGCCUCCAUCGGACUCUUUGUCCGGACCUGUGAUGUUGACUACUGAAGGCACAUAGACUCAAAGAGCACAGAAAGACAAACCUGCCUCCCAGUUCUCCUCCUUGGCAUCAUCCACCAGCAAACAUUAGCACAAAAAGCAUUAGCUCUGCUUUCCACUGAGACCUCAGAACUUGAAUUUGGGUGCUUUCUCUGUUUGAAACAUGAAGAUAUAUGGCCAGGCGAUGAGGGAAGUGUGUGAGCCUAUAGGAUCAUUGUAAGCACAUCUCCGUGUCUAGUUUGUGACAACAAGCACAUGUUUCUUACCAACUCUUACCAAUAUAUGUUAAUAACAAUGCAUGUAGCAUUAUUAUGUUUUUUUUAUAUGUUGAAAUAGAUGUUUGUGUUGUCCCAAACUAGUCAUGCUGUGAUGAUCUGUCACAAAGCAAAAGGUGCAAAAAGUAAAAUAGGUGAUUCAUUUCUUCUAUUUAUAUAUAAACAUACAUUUUUACAGCCAUCUUCUGUCGUUACAACUGGGUUAAACUGAUUUAACUGGCUUGCUGAAUGUAGGAAGAAACGAGUUACGCCAUAACUCUUUCAAAGGUUUAAUUUGUACUGAUAAAGGUGGGGUUUUUUUAUCUUUUAUGAGGAAUUAUAGUGACAAAGAAUGCACUUGGUAAUAUUUCAUACGACAUGCCAAUAUAUAUAUAUAUAUAUAUACAUAUAUAUGCAUACAUAUACAUAUACAGUAUUUUACACACUCAGUCAUUAUUUAUUUGACAAACGGGAUUUCUGUUGCAACUUGUCACAAACAGUUUUCUUUAAGCAGGCACAAACCUCUUUGGUAGGACUAAAAUCUUAAACAGCCUUUUUAGUUUAAAAUGUAAAAAUUUCUAAACAAACCAACAAAAAGAUGAAGUGCGGUUGGUUCAAGGAAAUUUAAUGCAUCAUUGCUAACAGUAAAACAGUUAGCCUUUUCUUUAUAUACUGUUGAGAGUUUUUGGCUGUUUUAUUUUGCGUACUAACAUACUACGUACUCAAUCUGUAUGUACUGCCUACUAAAUUAAUGAUUAGGUAUGCCAUUAUUCACAAACCGUUCAAAUUGAAGUAUACUAAGACAAUAUGUUGUCUCUGCUUUACAUGACUGUGCUGAUCUUAUCUUGAUUUUUUCUCAAACCCUUUGCAAGUACUGUAAGAGGAAUCUGCAAAGGGAGAGUAGGGAGGGUCCUGAAUUCACCCUCCUAGGAGAAAAAAUAAAAAGCUCCCCUCACCCCUCCCUUGUUGCAGAACCUAGAGUGGUCUUCAGGUGCCACCACCAAAUACAAGCUGCCACUUCAAUGUAAAAAUGCUAAUGGCCCUAUCUAGAGCCAGUUUUUGGUUUGUUUAAUCUGGACAGGCAGGCUCUGUGAAAGAGGAACAGCUCCCUAUGUAAAUAUAAAAAACUCAUUAAGAGCUCAUGAAAACACUACAAUUCUUAUUUUCAGGUGAUUAUAUUUAGAGGAAAAAUAACACAAUUAUGAAUAUUGUAUCCAAUUUCUGCCAAUAGAUUCCCCUAAAAGAACUACAAAUCAUCUGAGGGCAGUUGAGUGUGUCAAGUAAGCUCAAAUCAUACUCAAGAAUUUUUAUAAAUCUAACAAACAUUGGGCAUUUCUUGCGUACAUAAAAUCCACAGCUAAGCCAUUGGAAAGCACUACAUCCUUGUUUUUACAUCAUACUUAGUAUGAAUAGUAUGUUAGUAUGCAAUGUCAAACACAGCCUUUUUCUGACUACAGUAUUGUGAAACCAAAUGUCCAUGGAUUUUGCUUACAGAAGAAUGCGGGGGUCGAGGGUAAAACACCUGUAGGCAGAGACCAAGACUCUUAUCACACAACUGCCAACCUUUUACAACAACUUUUCCUCUAGUCUUUUCAAAUUGUAACAAGUUUUUUUUUUUGUUUUUUGUUUUUUGUAUGGCUUCAGCGAGUGUACAGUCGGUCUGCUUUGUGAAUUUCUACGUCCUAAGUGUGCAGGCUUGUCUAGUUUACAUCCAGCCACAACCAUCUACCUUGUUUUCCUAUUUCUGGAGAUAGAAGCACAGUGAAACUCAGAGCUUGUCUCGCUAAAUCUGUGUGUGUGUGUGUGUGUGUGUGUGUGUGUGUGUGUGUGUGUGAGAGAGAGAGAGAGAGAGAGAGAGAGAGAGAGAGUGCGUGCGUGUGCAUGUGUGAGGGUAAUACUGGCUAUGUAUCGUCUAAGACUAUAGUUCAUGAAUGGUUUUCUUCACCUGCAGUUUUUAAAAACUGAGCCAGAAUUAAGCACAAACAACUACUGGCAAUGUGCACACAGGUGAAGCUCAAUCAUUGGCCAAGUACAUAAAUGACUAAUUAGGUAAUAACCAGAAGAGAGUCUGUCAUUUGCUAAGCACACUUGAAGCCCCUUGGUGAACUUGUCAUAUUGGAAAGAUGACAAAAUUCUAGGUGGAGAAAACAGUUGACUUGUUGCAUCGCCUCAAUAAAAAACUUCCCAGAGUCAUCAAAAUGCUGCUGCGUCAAAAAAGUUUGGAGACUUCUGUUGUUUCUCAUUCCUAUCCAGACGUAUGACUUUGUUACAAGCUCUCGACAGACUCACAGAAAACAAGCACAAUGCAGAAAUGAUACUGCAGACAAAAAAAAUGCAGUUCAGUGCCACAGGUUUUCCCUCACCAACCUUUUCCCAGAUUAAAAGGAGAUUUUUUUUUUUUAAGUAGGGUUGUAUGGCGUACAUGUCCAUGGUCAGUGUAUUACAAAAAGUAGAUUUGAGUCAGCACGCCCCCAGUUUAGAGAAGCAAGCUGGAGUCUGAUACAGAGGCAAUGUACUACUGUGAAACAGAACAAACAGAACAUAUUGUAGCCAAUCUAAAAAAAAACCUUUCACCUACAAAAUUCAAUAUCAGCUUAAGUGUAUGAUCUGCUGUGAGUACUUUCACCAUUUUAUCUUUCCAUCAGACUGCUCCCUCUGUCAAUAAUGGCUCCAAUUUCCCAUCUAUGUUCUCUUCAAAGCCACCAUAUUGACAAAAACUAUUGACAAAAACAUUUUCGCUCGCUGCACGGGACAAAUGCUUGGCUACUGCUGCUUUGAUCAGUUAGUUUUUUUGUGUUAUUUUGUGACUUGGUGAAUCCAAACUAAUCCUCUUGAGCAGCAAAUACAUGAAAUACCACAAACAAAAUAACUGAUUGAGGCACUGGUAGGCCAGCAGCUCCUGUGUUCAGCAAUGUUAAAUCACUGUUUUUCUCAAUGGAGUUCGUCUUUAAAGAGAGCGAUAUAACAGUUUCAUUUUCCAUUUGGAAAUCACUGUCUGACAUUAAGGUAAAGCAGAGAAAUAUAGUUCUAAAUAUAGAAUUAACUUAAAUUGUUUUUUUUAGGUGGGCCUUUAAUAGGCAGCUAAAAUAGGUUGUGUUGCUAACCCAACCACAGCAGCAGAUUACUUCGCCUCCAUGUCAGACUCCAGCCUGCUUAUCCUCACAGGGGGUAUGCAAACUGUAAUCUAUUGUAUAUAAUGUUCUGUCUGUGAAUAAGCACCGCAUACAACCCAACCUCAAAAAAUCUGAACUAUCCAUUCAGUGGUCUAAUAAUGUUGUCUAAUGAUAGAAUUGUUUACUACUAAAUGAAACUGAAGAGCAGCAAGCGUCUUUGACUUUGUGUUUUUUAUGUUUUCGUGUUCUCCUUGAACUUAAAGUAGAGGCAGUGUGUCAUUGAGGAGACAAAGCACAAGCAUUUUGUACUUGUGUCGUUUUUUUUGUUCUGUUUUUGGGCUUUUUAAUCCCCACGGUUACAUUUUGGAGAAAAUAACUUGACCCAGAUCCCUUAAACUGUGAAGGAAAGUGAACAAGACGGGAAAUUUACUUUACAAAGUGAUUACAGCAUGCUCUGCAAUCAACUUGUGGUGGCUGACAGUGCAUUAUGGGUAGUCCUGUGCAUCUGAAACAGCAGAUGAAGCCAAAAACACUCUCUCAAUCUAUAUCAAGAUUUUUCUCAGUCACAUACUCACAGUACACACAUGCAGUAAGAGACUAGGGUUGCUCUGACAGAUAUUUCAGUUAGAAUCAUAUGAAAAAGUUUGAUUCUUCAUAUUUAAUGUUUAACUGACCAAUUUUGUCCAUUGAUUUUUAAUUGUAUUUCACAUAAGUGUACCAGACUAUGAUUUUUGUGGGGCUUUUAAUUGAGUGUUUCAGUUCAGCCAAGUAAAAAUGCCAGUUGAUUUGCCAUGAAAAGGGUCAAAACUAAAUGUCAAAUUUCUGCAGAAGACAUAGGUUAUUGGAAGCUUCAAUCCAAAAAAAUAUCUGCACUGGCCUUCAAAAACUGUCAGUCAAAUCCUAGUGCCUACAAAUGCCACCACACACACAUACACACACGUUAACAAAACACACAAAGCUAUUUACAUCAGGCAGGCCAGUCCAUCUUUUGUCUCUCUCUCUCUAACUUCUUAUCAGUACAAUAAGCCUGCUGCUUGUUUAUUCUCGCAGCUCUGCUUCUGCUUUUGACUCAGAAACCAGCAGGUCCCAGAACAGCUCUGCACAAACCCCCUGAGCAAGGUUUCCCUUAUUAUGUUUGUACGCCCGCUGAUCAGAGGACUCUAAUUUCUACUGAGUCAAACUUAAGCACAAGUCCUCAUGUGUGUCAACGGACCUCAGCGGUGUUAUUUUGUUUUCCCGGGGUUGAUGCUGUGAGGAGGAGAAGAGUUUACAACAGUCGAAACAUCAGGAAUUAAAAACCACAGUGGUCACUUUACACAGACUAUUUUGAACUGCUGGUUACGCAAAUGUUUUCAUGUCGUUUGUGUUUUAUUUACGUGACGUAAGCUUGUCCUUGGCCUCAAGCUUCCUGGUUGUAAUUACCACUUGGGAACUAGUGGUGAUGGCUUGAAAAAUUGUGGACAAGCCAUCAGCAGUGGUGGUAACUUCCAUUGGACAUGAACACAAAACAUUGCACAUAGAAAUUUUUAUUGGACUUGAUGUCAAAUUUCUUCAUUUUUUUGUCCUUCCAGGAAGCCUGAGCACUCACCCUGCCAUCUUGAAUUAGAUGUCGGCCAUAUUUGUUCCUAUGGAUACUUGUGUGUUUGAGUGUAUGUGUGGGUGCGUGCAUUGGGAGGGGGCCUCUGUAUGUAGCUCUUUACAUUAAAAAGGAACUUUAUGAUAAAGUGUGGUGUGGUGCUCACACCUCAACAGUUGGGUUUAAAACAGCGGUACAGUGAGGAAAAAGUAUAUAUAUUAUUCUAUAUUGUGCAGAAUAUUUAUAGGCCUUUUGUGCCAUCAAAGUCAUGCUCUGCGCUGGCCACGCCCAGCGCUCUCUACCAUGUGAUCAUUAUACAUCGUCUUGUACCGAUGACCCGUGGUUGAUUUGAUUGUUUUUUCAUGUCAAGUGCAUUUUUCGCAAUAAAUGCCUUUGUUUUAAA